GCAGGUGACACCACGUGACCGGCGGGUGACACCACGUGUCCCGUGUCCCUCCCUCAGCCCGGCCAUGGCGGGCGCGGUGGCGGCCGCGGGCUCCGCCGAGCAGUUCCAGCAGCUGCUGCAGCGCCCGGACAGGUCCCUGGUGGUUGUGCACUUCUGGGCGCCCUGGGCUCCGCAGUGCGCGCAGAUGAACGAGGUGAUGGCAGCGCUGGCACGGGAGCACAGCCACGUGGCCUUUGUGCAGCUGGAAGCUGAGGCUGUGCCUGAAGUGUCUGAAAAAUAUGGAAUUAGUUCUGUUCCAACGUUCUUGUUCUUUAAGGUAAGUGGAAAUGGAUUAGGAGGAAAUGAAUUUAAGAGAAAGCUUAAAUCCUUGAUAAACAAAGCUCCUGUCAUGCUCUUUAUGAAGGGAAACAAACAGAUGGCAAAAUGUGGCUUCAGCAAGCAAAUCCUAGAAAUCAUGAAUAACACUGGCGUGGAUUACGAGACUUUUGACAUCCUGGAGGACGAGGAGGUGCGCCAGGGCCUGAAAUCCUUUUCCAACUGGCCCACGUACCCACAGCUCUACGUCAAGGGGGAGCUGGUUGGGGGGCUGGACAUUGUCAAGGAGCUGAAGGAAAAUGGGGAAUUGCUGCCUGUGCUGAAGGGGGAGAACUAAUGGGAAGGACAUCAGUGGGAAGAGAAAUCCCUGGAACAGUUUUCCAGUUGUCCUGGAGAAACAACCUCAGCCCUGAGGAGCAUCAGGAGGGAAAAGAGAGAGGAAAUAAAUAGAAAUAUUCUCUGUAUUUCACCUGUAUGACAAGGGGUUUGGCUGGAGACACAAAAAGGUCAAUUAAAAUCCAGUGCUCCAGGA